CGCUGACACACACACACACACACACACAUUUCAAGUGAUCAUGCAGGAGGGAGCUGCCUGUUUAAAGCUUGCUAUGGUUGCAGACUGAUGUCUCGGACUAUGACGAACGGCAACUCCCCCACAUUUCAACCGUGACCUCAAGGAUUUGCAGAGAACUAGUGAGUGAGGGGAGAGAAAGAAAGACAGAAAACAGUAGAAGGAGGUGGGUUUAAGGACUUCUGGUUCAAGUCAGGCAGUGGGGGGCUCUUUUAGUGGAGAGACAGUCUUGGUAUGUCUCAGUAAAGCAACUGACAAGUCGGCUCCAAACUGCUUUUUACAUCUGUACUCUUCUGAAGGAAAAGUGAAGUGGCUGAAGGGAAAACCAUAUCUACUGCCUACACAGAGAAGCCAGCUGCACACACAGAAGACCAACCAGUGCAAUAGGAAACGCACUGAAGAAGGACAAGGAGCAACGGGAUCCAAGAGUCAAGCUGCAGCCAGUCGGAGCCACGGGAAUGGACCUAGGUGACAGUUGGAUUAACCCCCGCGUACCCGCAGUGCUUUCUGAGGAGGAGGGCUGAGGAUCUGCUGCGAUGGCAACCAACCCCUGAAUGAGGAUGAAUGGAGAUGUUCUUUAGCUAAGCCUCAAGACAAGACUCUUGCCGAUUGUGUGAGCUGGGACAACACUCGCUGACAGCUGGAGCAGGAGGAGGAGGUGGUGGCGGCGGAGGAGGAGGAGGAGGAGGAGAGGACUGCUGGUGCUUCUGCCCCAGAGGAGAGGCAAGAAAGCGGGCAGGACAGCGCGGAGGAUCAGGAGGGACCCGAGGGAGGGGGAGAGGUGGCGGGCGUCGGGCGGCGCAUGGCCGUUCAGAGGCUGGUGGCGGCAGCCGUGGCGGUAGCCCUGCUAUCCCUGGUGCUAAAUAAUGUGGCAGCCUUCACCCCCAGCUGGGUGCUGCAGGCCCUGGAGGACGGACGCAAGCGCAGUGUGGGACUCUGGAGGAUGUGCCCGACCGGAGGGGAGAGGGGCCGCGAGGAUCUGCAGCCUGCCGCCAGGAGAAGCCAGCGGAGGCAGUGCGAAGGCCUGGGAUGGGGCUCCGACUACUCAGGCUACCAGGAGUCCCGCAGCACGGUCAAAUUGCAGUUUGACAUGAUGCGAGCAUGCAACCUGAUGGCGACGGUGGCCCUGACUGUCGGCCAGCUGAUCUUCCUCCUGGGCCUGAUGGAGCUGCCCUUCAUCACACAGGAAUCCCAGUGGUGGGAGGAGGCCAUUGCUGCACUCUUCCAGCUAGCCAGUUUUGUGCUGGUGAUUGGACUCGUGACCUUCUACAGGAUCGGGCCGUACACACACCUGUCGUACUCCUGCUACCUGGACAUAGCCGCUUGCCUGCUGGCCACGUUGGCUGCGGCCAUGCUCAUCUGGAACAUUUUACAUCGCCGCGAUGACUGCCUCGCUCCUCGAGUUAUAAUCAUCAGUCGCUCACUGGCCUCACCUUUCCACCCGCGCCUAGACAAUGACUACGUGGAGUCGCCUUGUUGAAAAAAUAAGAGGAUAUAGACUACACCGACUAGACUGUGCUCACGUUUCACUACAGCUAGGAGACUCCAAUGUCACUCUCAAGAGAAAAGGACUUUCCUGUGAUUCGGCAACAGCUGGACUAACUUUUACCUGCACAUUUUAAGCUCUAUAUUUCAUAACUAUCAGACUUUUUUGCUGCUUGGUGCACGAAAUUCAUAGAUAUAACCCAAAGAUUGCCCUAAAACUUCCAGACAUAUUCAAAAUGGUCUGUUGUUUCAUUUAUUCGUGCUUGGGUGAGCUAAUUUGCAGCUAAAUAUGGAAUUUGGAUAAGGACGGUGUUAUAUGAAACAUCCUGCUUAUGAACAGAUCAAGCUGGAACUUGACCUGUUGCGUUAUGUGUGCACUUAAAUGGCUUCAAGCAUAGUUAUUAAUUGGAAAGUAUGAAAUAUAUUAGAAAUGCAAUAACAGAAUACCUCAUAAUUGCUUUCAUCCAUUUUAGACUUAUUUUACUAUUAAUUAUAUAUGUUGCAAGUAGGUUAAGUAACAAGGUAAAAGCCAGAAGAGUCUACACCAUUUUAAAACAGCCAAUGAGAGGUGAUGAACACAGAUCUGACUCUUCCUUAAUGUCAUUAACACAUCAAAUCAAUAAAUACAAAAUUAAAUAAAUAGAUAUAUGACCUGCCAAUGAAUGUAUUUGAAUUGGAUUGUUAAAGCAGUAUUUCUUUUAUUAAUGUUAUUAAUGGUAUGUUUGGGCAAUGCAUUUCGAAAUGACAAAAGGAUUCAAAUACAAUUUUCAUUUCCAUACGAAACUCUGCUUGCUUGUGGUACAUAUUGUGUAAUUAAAUUAAUAUAAUAUAGCUGUAUAAUGAAA